AGACAUCACACACAUGUCUGUGUUGACAUGAGCUCUCAGCACAGCAGGAGCCCAUGUCCCCUGUGGCGUCUCUGAGUCUGGGGACCCGUCCAUGUGGGCCCUCCAUCUGCAGAGCCAGAACCAGAGAAAGGAGACACCAUGACCCCCACCCUUACAGCCCUGUUCUGUCUCGGGCUGAGUGUGAGCCCCCAGACCCAAGUGCAGACAGGCACCCACCCCAAACCCACCAUCUGGGCUAAGCCAGGCUCUAUGGUGCCCUGGGGGACACCUGUGACCAUCUGGUGUCAGGGGAGCCUGGAGGCCCAGGAGUACCGCCUGCGUAAAGAGGGGGACUCAUGGAAUUGGGACUCACAGAAGCCACUGGAGCCUGGGGACAAGGUCAAGUUCUCCAUCACACACAUGACAGAUUUAUAUGCAGGAGGAUACCGCUGUGACUAUCUCAGUCCGACCGGCUGGUCAGAGCCCAGUGACACCCUGGAGCUGGUGGUGGUGACGGGAUCCCUGGGCCAACCCAGCCUCUCAGCCCUGCCCAGCCCUGUUGUGACCUCAGGAGGGAACGUGACCCUCCAGUGUGCCUCAUGGAUGAGAAUCCAUAGGUUCAUCCUGAUGAAGGAAGGAGAGCACCAGCCCUCCUGGACCCUGAUCUCCCAGGCAGCCCCCCAUGGGGGGACCCAGGCCCUGUUCCCUGUGGGCCCUGUGACCCCCAACCACAGGUGGAGGUUCAGAUGCUAUGGCUAUUACAGCAACACUCCCCAUGUGUGGUCAUACCCCAGUGACCCCCUGGAGCUGCUGGUCUCAGGUGUGUCGGGGAAGCCCUCCCUCCUGACACAGCAGGGCCCUUUAGUGACCUCUGGACAGAACCUGACUCUCCAGUGUCGCUCUGAUGUCGGCUACAACAGAUUCGCUCUGUCCAAGGAGGGGGCACCUGACCCUCCCCGGCAGCUUGGCCGGCAGACCCAGGCUGGACUCUCUGGGGCAGACUUCCCCAUGGGCCCUGUGAGACCCUCCCACGGGGGCCGGUACACAUGCUACGGUGGACAUACCCUCUCCUCUGAGUGGUCAGCCCCCAGUGACCCCCUGGACAUCCUGCUGGCAGGACAACUGCCUUUCACACCUGCUCUCUCGGUGCAGCCAGGACCCAGGGUGGCCCCAGGAGAGAAUGUAAUCCUGCUUUGUCAGUCACGGAGCCCUGUGGACACUUUCCUUCUGUCCAAGGAGGGGGCAGCCGAUCCCCCGCUGCGUCUAAGAUCACAGUACCGAGCUGGGCAGCACCAGAUUGAAUUCUACAUGAAUUCUGUGACCUCAGCCCAAGAGGGGACCUACAGGUGCUACGGCUCUGCCAGCACCUCCCCCUACCUCUUGUCACAGCCCAGUGACCCCCUGGAGCUGCUUGUCUCAGAAGCAGCUGGCACUGUGUGCCCACCCCAAAACAACUCAGACCCCAGCAGUGCCUCAGACUCCAGAGAUUACAUGGUGGAGAAUCUGACCCGCAUGGGCGUGGCUGUCUUGAUCCUGGUGGUCCUCGGGAUUCUGCUGCUAGAGGCUCAGCACAGCCAGAGAAGGACUCCAGACUCAGGCAGGAGCUAAACACAAGGGGGAGCAAUGCCACCAUUCCAUGUGGCAGAGCUGUGGGCAUGCAUCCCAGGUGCCCAGAGGGAUCUGGAGGAAAGCCUGCAGCUCACCGUCUCUGAUAUGUCUGCUAACAACAUCGAGGGGGAGCAUGGUUCAGGUGCAGGAGGUGCACCUGGGCUGCUCCCUGUCCGGGACUCCUCCCUCGUGCUCUGUGGUUUUUUCCCUCCUGCAUUGUUGGACAUCCUGGCUUGCCCCUCCUUCCUCAUCCCUGUGAGCUGAGGGUUCGUAACAUAAGGCAGGGCUGGUUCAUACCUUCCUACAGCGGCAGCUCUGGUCCAGCUUCGUGGGAUACAUUUUCCUUCACUUUCCAUUUCCAUUUUCCCUGUUGUCCACUAUUGUCCUCCAUCCCUCAGCCAAAAACACAGACUCUGUUUUCAUAAGUAAAUAAGUGGGUGAAAAUCAGUUCCACUUUGGAACAGAUGAAUCCAAAACCGUUCCCUGAACCCUCUCUGGACUCACAGAGCUCUUCUGUCCUCAUGUGGCGACACCUGGUGGAAUCUUCCAGAAACACCAUCAUUUUGAGUGAGCUCAGGGGCCUUUGAGGUGCAGCCAGGUGGAAUACUCCAAGGAAUAAAUGGGUUUUCCUUUGU